AUGGGCACCCUGCACGUCGGCCCCCAGAGCAAGGACGAGAGGAAGCUGUUCAAGCCCCAGCGGGAACUCAAACUGGAGGUGACCGGGGACCUCCACGCCAUGGUGGGGCUGGUGGCCAUGGACAAGGCCCUGUUCGCGCUCAACAAGAAAAACAAACUGACGCAGAAGAAGGUCUGGGACACGGUGGAGGGACACGACAUUGCCUGCACAGCGGGCAGUGGGCAGAACCUCAUGGGGGUGUUCACAGACGCGGGGCUGGACGUGGCCACCAGCCUGGGGAUCUCCACCAAAGCAAGGACAGAUCUGCGCUGCCCCCAGCCGGCUGCCAGGCGCCGGCGCCGGUCCCUGCAGACGCUGCAGAAGAAGCAGCACAAAGUGGACCAGUACCAGACGGCCCUGGAGAGACGGUGCUGCGAGGCCGGGAUCCAGGAGAACCCCAUGGGGCACUCGUGCGAGCAGAGGACGAGCCGCGUGCACCUGGGCCCCCCCUGCGUGGCCGCCUUCCUGGACUGCUGCCGCUACGCCCGGGCACUGAGCCGCGAGGAGCGCACCAAGCUGCUGCUGGGGAAAACCAACGAGGACGAGGAGUGCGAGGACGAGGACUGCGGUGGCCCCGCCGUGGUGAGAAGCCACUUCCCGGAGAGCUGGCUGUGGGAGAAGUUCAACCUGACCGAGGCAGACUCGCGCCAGCCGGGCCUCGCCAAACACCUGCUCACCAAAUACCUCCCCGACUCCAUCACCACCUGGCACAUCCUGGCCGUCAGCCUGAGGAAAGACAAAGGGCUCUGUGUCUCCGAGCCCUACGAGGUGGUGGUGAAGGUCCCGUUCUUCGUCGAUCUGCGGCUGCCCUACUCCGUGGUGCGGAACGAGCAGGUGGAGCUGCGGGCCGUGGUGUACAACUACCACGAGGACGAUGAAGAGCUGCAGGUGCAGGUGGAUUUCCCGUACCAGGAGCAGCUCUGCAGCCCGGCCCGGCAGGGGAAGAGCUUUCGGCAGAGGCUGCGGGUGCCCCGGGGCUCAUCCCGGGCCGUGCGCAUCGUCGUGGUGCCCCUGGAGCUGGGCCCCGUCAUGGUGGAGGUUCGGGCCUUGGCCCAUGGCCUGGGCUUCCGCGACAUCGUCAGGAGGAUGCUCAACGUCCAGGCGGGGGGUGAAAUCCAGCGGCUCUCGCGGAGCAUCGUCCUGAACCCCAAAGGUCAACUGCAGCAGGAGCUGGUCAGAAGCCAACACCUCGAAAACCUGGUGCCCGACACAGACGCCGAGGUCUUCAUUAGCGUGCAAGGCGACCUGCUCGGCGAGACGCUGGUGGGGGGGCUGCAGAGCUCCACGCUGCAGAAGCUGAUCAUGCUGCCGGGGGGGUGCGUGGAGCAGAACAUCUUCAGCGUCACCCCGAACAUCAUCCUCACCCACUACCUGGACACCACCAAGCAGUGGGACCAGAUCGGGGUGGAGCUCCGGGAUCAGUCCAUCCAGAACAUCGCCCACGGCUACACCCGCCAGCGGGGUUACAGAGAGAGUGAUGGUUCCUACAAGCCCUAUCGGGGAAGCACCGGCAGCACCUGGCUGACCGCCUACAUCCUCAAGGUGUUUGCCAUGGCCUUGCCGCUGGGCACCCACAUCGACCCCAGCGAGCUGUGUGCCAGCGCCCGGUGGCUGAUCGGCCAGAGGCAGGAAGCGUCUGGGUGUUUCCGCGAGGACGCUGCGAUUUAUACGCCCGCGAUGCAGGGCGGGUACCAAGGCUCCAACGCUGACGCCUCCCUCACAGCCUUCGUCCUCGUGGCGCUGAAGGAGGCCGAGUCCAUCUGCAGUAACCAUGUGAAGGAGCUGCCCAACGGCCUGCAGAAAGCCCAGGGCUACCUGGAGCGCCGCCUCCGGAGCCUGCAGAACCCCUACAGCGUGGCCAUCAGCUCCUAUGCCCUGGCCCUGGUGAACAGCCCCCUGGCCAACGCCGUCCUGGACAACUUCGCUGCCCGCAACGGGACACACUGGCCCGUGGACCAGCACACGGACCGCUCUCUGUACACCAUCGAAGCCACGGCCUACGGCCUCCUGCAGAAGCUGACCCUCGGGCGCUUUGAGGAGACCCACCCCAUCGUGCGGUGGCUGGUCGAGAGUAGGGGGUUCGGUGGGGGCUAUGAGAGCACCCAGACCACCGUGAUCGGCAUGCAGGCCCUGGCGCAGUACCGGGUCGCCGUCCCCCCCGAGAAGGUCGUCGACCUGAAGGUGCAGGUCAGCGUGCCCACGCGCAACCUGGCCGAGCUCUGGGACAUCGACAAAAGCAACGCCUACCUGCAGCGCUCCAACUCCAAAAAGUUCUACGCCCAGGAAGCUUUGAACAUCACCGCCCGCGGGACGGGCACCGGCACAGUGACACUCCUGACCGUGUACCACACGCUGCCGCCGGCCCGCGAACGCGAGUGCCAGGCCUUCUGGCUGGCGGUGACCGUGGAGGACGUCCCCGAAGACAAGAAGAAGCACGAAUACAUCAACACCUUCCGGCUCCGGCUCCAGGCCAG